GCUGCGUCACUGUGUGAGAUAGCUAGUAGGGUAUAGACACGCGAGGAUUUGGGAGAUUGACCCAACGUCGGCUUAUAGUGCCUGUUCUUUUGCAUUCACUUAAAAUUGAGCAACACAUAUUUAAAACCGUAAUCCAGACAAGUGGACUUCACGUGGGAAACAGCGAUCCAGUGAAAAACAACCGAUUUAGAUACCAAGAUGCAGCCAGCAAUUGCGAAGUGGUAUGACAGACGAGAUUCUGUUUUUAUUGAAUUCUGUGUAGAAGACAGCAAAGAUGUCCAAGUGAAAUUUGAAAAGUCUAAGCUUAAUUUCAGUUGUGUUGGAGGAACUGACAACAUCAAACAUCAAAAUGAAGUAGACCUUUAUGAGGUCGUUGACCCUAAUGAGUCCAAACACAAACGCACAGACAGGUCUGUGUUGUGUUGUCUACGAAAGGCAGAACCUGGAAAGUCAUGGCCAAGGUUAACAAAAGAGAAAGCAAAGCUUAAUUGGCUGAGUGUGGAUUUCAAUAACUGGAAAGACUGGGAGGAUGACUCAGACGAGGAGUUGUCUAGUUUUGACCGCUUCUCAGAGAUGAUGAACAAUAUGGGGGGUGAAGACGACCUGCCGGAUGUGGAUGGUGCAGACGAUGAGGAUUCUGCAGAUAGUGAUGAUGAAAAGAUGCCAGACCUCGAGUGAAGGAAUGCUGGAUGCCAGGGUGACUUUGGCAAAACGAGGAUUGGCACCUAAUUAUAAUUUGAAGAAAAAGCCUAGGUAUAAGUUGGUAGCCAUAAAAGAAAAAAAAACCAAACAAACAAAAAUUAAACAAAACACUGCAUCUUUUUCAAAGCUGUUCUCCAAGCUUUUACAGAAAAAAAGAGCCUCAUUAAAGGGUUGGCUUUUGUGCUGUGGUGUAGAGCUGUCUCACACAGGAGACGGUCCUGCCUUUACUGUUCUACUCUGCAUGGACAGUCUAGUUUCCUCAGUGUGUCGUGGGUUUAUAGUUUCAGUUGUCCAUUCUUCUCAGCUAUGGCUGCAAUGGACUAAUCAGAAGUCUUACGCUUCCCCUUCCGAUUUUUUUAUUACAGUUAACAUUGAGGCAAAACAUUACAUAAAACAAAUAUUGUAAUUGUCAAAUUAUGAUAAAACAUUAAUAUGUUUCCAACAUGGCCUUUUUUCAGUAAUUUUUUUUUUUUUUGCUCUUCGUGUGUCCCUCAAUUUGCUCAGACUGUAAAUUUCAUUUUGAUUUGUAUGUUAAUUUAUAAUGGACAUUUCUUGGGGGAGGGGUGUAUGUUUGAGUGUGUGCGAAUAUGUGUGUGAAACGAACAUCAUAUCCACUUGUAUAUCAAUAACAUCAACCAUAAAUAGAAGUCACAACAUUUUCAUUGGUUCUAAAUGUUGCAUUUGAAACGGAUGAAUAUGCUUGUUCAUAUUGUUUUACAUGGGAGUAUUUGUCCAGCCCAUUAACAUCACUUAACAGAAGGGUUUUGUCCCAUCAGAAAUGUUUAUGUAUAUAUCAAGAACAUAAAAUUAGUCCAGCCUGUCCAAACUGGUUUGACUGGUUUACAGUUGAUUUGUUUUGUUUUUUUUCUUUCUGAUAGGCGUUGUAAUGCAAUGUCACAGUGUUUUGUAUCACUUUUGAAGGAGUAGCAGGUUUCAGAAAUGAUUUCUUCCAGAUACAUAAUGAGAACCGAUGUGUGAGCUUCUUGACUGUGCAGAACAAAAAAAAAGGUAAAUGUAUCAAAAGAUGACCAAAUUGAGUUUGCACUUUCCUUAUAUCAGAUGCAAGUGCAACUAAAUCAAGAAAAAACAACAAAACAAAAAAAAAAAGGAAAAGGAAAAAAAAACAAAACAAAAACACUUAUGUUGUACUAGCCUGUUAUGGCAGGUUGACAAACCUCAGUUUGUUAAACACAGUGGGAUAUUUUUUUUGUCUACGUAUUUCUAAUAAACUGUCUCUAAA